AUGCACCGACGACAAGAGAACAGGCGCGGAGCGACUCGAAACGGAAAGCAGAAUGUCUGGCCGAAGCCCAACGCGGAAGAGAAAGGAACUGAAAGAAAGAAGCCUCGUAAAACAGAAGGCGAAUGGGAAGUCACAGCGAAAGGCUUCAAGACGCGAAGGAGAACAGCGAUCCUGUUUGCGUUCUGCCUCGCGUUCAGCUCCAUCGCGCUUCUUCUCUCUCGCUCGGUGUGUCAACUCUGCUUUUUCUUGACUUCCGUUCUGCUCGCUUCCUCAUUUUCGCGUUACACCUUGGCCCUCCACUCUCGCGCCUCGCGGGUCACUGUCCGUCCUCCUGGAUCUCCAGUCUCGCUUCUCUCUUUUUGA